AUGUUUCUCAAGGCCGUCAUCGCCACCGCGAUAGCUAUCGCCCCGCUGUCUUCCGCCACGCCCGUCGAUCGUGCCACUUCAUCUAGGGUCAUCGAUGGGAGUUACAUCAUUAAGCUCAAGAAGAACGCCACCGCCGACUCCCACCUACAGUGGGUGAGCAGCAUCCAUGCUCGCAGCGCGGGAAGGGACAUCUUCCCUGGCAUUCAACGCGAGUAUAACAGCCAGGCGUUCCGUGGCUACUGCGGCCACUUCGAUCAAGAUACUAUUACCAAAAUCAACAAUAGCGCCGAGGUUGCUUAUGUUGAGCAGGACCAGAUCUGGUACCUCGAGGACCCCUUGGUGGAGCGGACGCUCACCACGCAGAACGAGCCACCAUGGGGUCUGGCGGCUAUUUCCCACCGUGAGCCGGGCGCUACCAAGUACGUGUACGACGAAGCGGCUGGCGAGGGCACCUUCGCCUACAUUGUCGAUAGUGGCAUCCGGACCACGCAUCAAGAAUUCCAGGGCCGCGCCUCAACUGGCUGGACCGGCUAUCCAGGGGACGAGUCGGACACGGUCGGCCACGGCACUCAUGUUGCUGGCACUGUUGGCGGCGUGACCUUUGGCGUGGCCAAGAAGACGUCACUCAUCGGCGUCAAGGUCUUCCAGGGAAAAUCUGCCUCUACUUCUAUCAUGAUAGCUGGUUUCGACUGGGCCGUCAACGAUAUCACAUCAAAAGGCCGCCAGAAUAAGGCCGCCAUCAACCUAUCCCUCGGCGGUCCCAAGUCGCAGGCUUGGAACGAUGCCAUCGAGACGGCCUUUAACCAGGGUGUAUUAAGCAUCGUCGCAGCCGGCAACGAUAAGGUAGACGCGUCCGACGUCUCCCCAGCCUCUGCGCCGAACGCCGUCACUGUUGGAGCCGUCGACAGCAACUGGGAGGUUGUUACCAACUGGCCUCGCGGUCAGGGUUCCAACUACGGCCAGGUUCUGGAUCUCUUUGCCCCCGGCGAUAAUAUUAUGUCGGCCAGCAACGUCGGUGACUCCGAGAGUAGGCUUGACUCCGGUACCUCGAUGGCCUGUCCUCAUGUCACCGGUAUGGCUUUGUAUGCCAUGUCCGUGAACGGCGUCCAGGGCGCCAAAGCCGUUUCUGAGCAUCUGCUCAAGAAUGCGGGCCAGAAUGUUGUCAAGGGACCCCUACGCGGAUCACCGAACCUCAUGGCCAACCUCGGCAACUAA